AUGUCUACACUUACUGAUAAGCAGCUGUUCGACUUGAACAAGAAGGCCGUUACUGAGGGGUUUAAGAUCAAGCCACGGUUGAACUAUAAUACUGUUGGUGGUGUCAACGGUCCAUUGGUUAUUUUGGAAAAAGUGAAAUUCCCACGUUAUAAUGAAAUUGUGAAUUUGACACUACCAGAUGGCUCAGUUAGACAAGGUCAAGUCUUGGAAGUUAGAGGUGAUCGUGCCAUUGUUCAAGUGUUCGAAGGUACCUCUGGUAUCGAUGUCAAGAAGACCACUGUGGAGUUCACGGGUGAAAAUUUGAGAAUCCCAGUUUCUGAAGAUGCUUUGGGUAGAAUCUUUGAUGGUUCAGGUAGACCUAUCGAUAACGGUCCAAAAGUGUUUGCUGAAGAUUACUUGGAUAUCAAUGGUUCUGCUAUUAACCCAUACGCUCGUAUUUAUCCAGAGGAAAUGAUUUCCACUGGUAUUUCUGCGAUCGAUACCAUGAACUCCAUUGCCCGUGGUCAAAAGAUUCCAAUUUUCUCUGCAUCUGGUUUACCGCAUAACGAAAUUGCUGCCCAAAUUUGUAGACAAGCAGGCUUGGUUAGACCAACUAAGGAUGUUCAUGAUGGUCAUGAAGAAAAUUUCAGUAUUGUUUUUGCAGCUAUGGGUGUUAAUUUAGAAACCGCUAGAUUCUUUAAACAAGAUUUCGAAGAAAAUGGUUCCUUGGAAAGAACAUCUCUUUUCUUAAAUUUGGCAAACGAUCCAACCAUUGAAAGAAUUAUUACUCCUAGAUUGGCUUUGACUACUGCUGAAUAUUUGGCAUACCAGACCGAAAGACACGUUUUGACCAUUUUGACUGAUAUGUCCUCUUAUGCUGAUGCUUUGAGAGAAGUCUCUGCUGCUAGAGAAGAAGUCCCAGGUAGACGUGGUUACCCAGGUUACAUGUACACAGAUUUGUCCACCAUCUAUGAAAGAGCUGGUAGAGUGGAGGGUCGUAACGGUUCCAUUACCCAAAUUCCUAUUUUGACAAUGCCUAACGAUGAUAUUACACAUCCAAUUCCAGAUUUGACUGGUUAUAUUACAGAAGGUCAAAUUUCUGUCGAUCGUCAACUAGAUAAUAAGGGUAUUUAUCCACCAAUCAACGUUUUGCCUUCCCUAUCGAGAUUAAUGAAGUCUGCUAUCGGUGAAGGUAUGACAAGAAAGGACCACGGUGAUGUUUCUAACCAAUUGUACGCUAAAUAUGCCAUUGGUAGGGAUGCUGCUGCCAUGAAAGCUGUGGUCGGUGAGGAAGCUUUAUCCAUUGAAGAUAAGCUAUCUUUGGAAUUUUUGGAAAAAUUCGAAAAGACCUUUAUUGCUCAAGGUGCCUAUGAAGACAGAACUGUAUUCGAAUCUUUGGACCAAGCUUGGUCCCUUUUGAGAAUAUAUCCAAAGGAAAUGUUGAACAGAAUUUCUCCAAAGAUUUUGGACGAAUUCUAUGACAGAGCAAGAGAUGAAGACGAAGACGAAGACGACGAUGAUGAAGAAGCCGUUUCCGCUGACAAGAAACCAAAGGAAUCGCAGUCGUUGAUUUGA